GUCGGCCAUUUUGUGGGAGAAGCCGCAGCGCCGCCUCUUCUUUCGCGUCUUCGCAUCCGUUGCCGCCGCCUCUUCCUCCGCCUCCUCCUUCGCCUCUUCCUGCCUCCUCCCGGCUUCCGCCGCCGCCGCCGCCGCCGCCGCUCAAGCCGCAUUCCAGCCCCGGGGCCAAGCGUCUCCGUAUUUGUUUCCGUUUUUUCGCCACUACAGCCUCCUGACACGGUGAUCCGGGCGGGCCCCGCAGGAAUUUUAUCCCCACACCGGCCUCACACUAGUAUCGCAUGUCCACUAUCCAGAACCUCCAAUCUUUCGACCCCUUUGCUGAUGCAACUAAGGGUGACGACUUACUCCCGGCAGGGACUGAGGAUUACAUUCAUAUAAGAAUCCAGCAACGGAACGGCAGGAAGACACUGACUACUGUUCAGGGCAUUGCGGAUGAUUAUGACAAAAAGAAACUUGUGAAAGCUUUCAAAAAGAAAUUUGCCUGUAAUGGUACUGUGAUUGAACAUCCGGAAUACGGAGAGGUUAUUCAGCUUCAAGGUGACCAAAGGAAAAACAUUUGCCAGUUUCUCUUGGAGGUUGGCAUUGUCAAGGAGGAACAGCUUAAGGUUCAUGGAUUCUAAAAUGAACCUAAAUACGUGGAGGAUUUCUUGAAUAAUUUUGUUCUCUGACCCAGUUUGGCUGCCUUGUGAAAUGAUUCUCUGCAGUAAAUGGACUUUUCAUUUAUUUAAUCAUUCAAACUUCCAUUCACACCUGCAUGAUUACAGAAAACAUGGGGUAUGUAGGCUAGUAACACAUAAGAAAAUUGCAGUAAGAUGGUAAUGAAACCCCGUAUUCAUCUUAACAUGUUUCCAAUGGAAAAGAUUUUGUUUUGAGUGUUUAUUUGUUUAUUGUUCCGUUUAUUACUUUUCACUUGAUUAGAUUUUUUUUGUUGUAUUAAACCAUGUAUGUUGCAGCUUAACAAUAAAAAAAAAAAAAACUAUGA